GAGUGGUCCAGACCAGAUAUAUCAUCAUGUUAAAGAGUAUUUAGAAAGAGAUGGAUUUAUAAAGCUUUGGUAUGGUGGAAAAUGUGUUUGCAUGGUAGUUGAUAAUAAAGUUGUAAAAGAUUUAUUGUCACAUCCGGAUAUUUUUCCAAAAUUAAUGCUUGAAGAACAAUUUCCAAACUCUUUGAUUGCUCGGUAUUAUGGUAUUAAUGUUGUUCAUUCGUCAGGAGACGUUUGGAAGCGACACAGGCUUAUAUGUAACCCAGCAUUCAAAUCUUUACCUAUACAGUAUUUUGAUGAAACUGGAUUCAAAUUGAUGGAUGUUUUAGAGAAAAUAGACAACAAACCUAUUGAAGUUAGAGAUCUUAUGCACAAAGUCUCUUUGGAUGUUCUUGGAAAAGUUGCUUUUGGGUUAGAUUUUAACAAUCUUGAAGAUCCGACCAACAUUUAUGUUACAACAUAUAAUGAAGUUCAAAAAGCCAUAGCAAAUCCGUAUUUUAUUUUUCUUCCAAUACUUAAUCGUAUUCCAUUCCUAAAUAAAAAACGAUUUGAAAAAGUAGAUAAAUUAGAUAAUAUAUUUGAUAAAAUUGUUGAAAAGAAACGUGAAACCUUAGCUAAUGGAACUGAAAAUAUUCAAGGUGAUCUUUUAGAGCUCAUGUUGAAAGCCUGCGAAAAUCCUGAGAAUCAGAGAUUAACAAAUAUUGAAUUAAGACAUAAUUUGGGAGUUUUUAUGCUCGCGGGUCAUGACACAACCGCAAGUUCUUUAGCAACUGUUUUAUAUCUUUUAUCAAUUCAUAAAAAUGUCCAAAGAAAAGCUCGAGAAGAGGUCUUAAAAGUACUUGGAGAUAAUUUAACACCAUCGUUAGAGCAACACAAAUCGUUGAAAUAUUUAAAUAUGAUUAUUAAUGAAAAUCUUAGAUUAUAUCCACCAAUCGCGGUUUUGCCAGCACGUGUAACAACAAAAGAAAUAGAAUGCCGUGGUCAUGUAAUUCCGGCUGGUACAUGUAUAGAAUUAUUUAUAUACGGAAUACACCAUUCACCUAAGAAUUGGGUGAAUCCCGAAGAGUUUUUGCCUGAGAGGUUUGAAAAUGAGCAACAUGAAAAUGGAGAGGUUAAUUCCUGGUUGGGUUUUGGUGAUGGGUACCGAAUGUAA